AUGAUGGGACAACAUUCAUACAAUGAAUCCAUAUUACAAUGUUCCACUCUUAAGAUAGACAAUGGCGUAUUAAUCAAAGUUAUACUUAAAACCGGUUUAAUUCAGUAUCUACGUAUCAAUAUUAACGAACAUGAUGAAAAUAAUCGAAUAUGCUUUAUACCUAUUGCUACUCUGCAAGAAAAACCUAGAAAUGAAGGUAUUCUCUUUAGCCAUGAGACCGAUGUGUUUUAUUCAGAAGGUCAAUCAUGCAUUUAUCUUUAUCAUUUUGAACGCUUUGCAAAUGAUUGUUUCGAAAAAAUUGAAAAUUUACCUCCUCUUAAUCGAAUUGUUUAUCGUCAUCAUUGCAUUUUUGAAGAGACAACGUAUAAUGCUGCACUUAUAUGGCUCACAGAAGAAUCUUUAGUAAUUUUUCAUUCGUGUGGUAAUCAUUUUAUUAUUUCUGGUAAAUAUGAAGAAGUGUGUAGUACACCUAGUAAAUCUGGUUCGGAUUUUAUUUGUUGUCUCAAUCGGAAUACAUCAAAUAUUAGUAUUUUCGAAUGGAAAUGUGAGAAUAGAAUUCAUAGGUACCGUCGACUUGCUCAUAUUCAAGUUGAUGAACAAAUAUCUGAUUGUGUAUGUAACAUUGAUGAUGAAAGUGGAAUAACCGUCUAUUGUACAUUAGAAAACGGUGAAUUACGUAAAUACUAUGCUACAAUUAUGGCUUACUUACUCGAAUACUCAAACCCUCAUUUAAUAGAUCCAAUGGUUCAAGAACAAAUCUGCCAUUUACAAAUUCACGAUGAAUUCGUUGUUACACUAGAUGAAACAAAAAGCGAUAAUGAAACUCCAUCGAAAAAUUUUCCAUUAUUUGACAACGCUGAAUGGAUCUCUUGCCACGAAGAUGAACAUUGGGCAUUGGCAAAUUCUAGUUAUGUGAACAACAUAUAG